CUGGAAAAGGUCGACGGUAUCGACGUGGACGAAGCGGUGACCACCACUGCUCCACUAUACAAACAGUUGCUGAACGCGUACGCCGAAGAGGCAGCCAUCGAGGACGCCGUCUACUUCAUGGGUGAAGCCCUGCGCAGUGGCGUAAUCGAUCUGGAAGUAUUUCUCAAGAACGUUCGACAGCUGUCGCGGAAACAGUUUAUGCUCCGCGCGCUGAUGCAGAAAUGCCGACAGAAGGCGGGAUUCAAUGCUUGAAGGGACGAAGGACCACCUUCGACGGAGGAUUUGACUGGGUUGUAUAUAUGGUUCUGAUGGCGAAACGAAGCUGUUUACAGAACUGCAUCACCGGCGGAACGUGGACGGUGUCACUUCUACGAGAAUUAUUACUAUUACAGUUCCAUUGCUAUUAUACUUUAUGUUUUUAUUCACUGCGAAUGUCAUGUGCUUUAAAAGUGUUGUUCUUAGGAUCGGCAUUAUCAAAUAUAAUCGGUUUGUUGAGAUACAAUUAUACGCAUUAUAACUCAUUAGGAGAACAA